AUGAAGCUCUUUUAUAUUGGAGUCUUGCGAAAUGAGGACAGGCCCGCCGUCGAGCUAUGCCGUGAGAUGGACCUCAGUAGCUUCUCACGAUUCACCAGAGAUAGCUACGGCGAAUUCAUGACCCUCUUCUGCAAAACGGUUGCCGAACGUACACGCCCAGGACAGAGACAGGAUAUCGAGGAGAAAUCAUACACAUUCCACGCCUACGGCCGGUCCGAAGGCGUUGCAGGCAUAAUCAUCUCAGACCCCGACUAUCCUGCCCUCGUGGCUCAUCAGCUUCUCUCCAAAAUUGUCGAUGAGUUCCUCGUCAAGCACCCUCGCACGUCAUUUAUUGGCAAGGACGUAGGUGGUCCACUUGACUUCCCGGAGUUGAAGGAGUACCUUGUCAAAUAUCAAGAUCCCAGCCAGGCGGAUAGCAUCAUGAAGAUCCAGAAAGAGCUAGAUGAGACAAAGAUUGUGCUGCAUAAGACUAUUGAGAGUGUUUUGGAGAGAGGCGAGAAGAUUGACAGCCUUGUUGCAAAGAGUGACGGCCUUAGCGCACAGAGUAAGAUGUUUUAUGGCCAGGCGAAGAAGCAGAACAGUUGCUGUGUUCUCAUGUGA